ACUGAGCAGCCGAUGACCUUUGUGCUGCAGGACAGGACUGUCUGUCUGACCGUCUCUUCAGGCUUCAGCAGAACGAGCAGCUGCUUCGACUUUUCUCUUCACCUUUCACGUUGACAGACUCUCGAGUAAAACCUCAUCAUGGCGGAGAGGAGAACAGCGGUGAAGGCGGCAGAGGAGCCCGACUUCCUGCAGUGUAAUGAUCUGGCCUGUGAGACGGUCGGUGGGAGGGUUAUUUUUGCUACAGACGAGUGGUUUGCUCCGGCUGCCAACCUGCUGAAGAGGGAGCCGCCACAGUUCGUCGCCUCUGCCUUCACUGAGUUUGGAAAGUGGAUGGACGGAUGGGAGACGAGGAGGAAGAGACGACCUGGUCACGACUGGUGCAUCAUCCAGCUGGGAGUACCAGGGCUGAUCUACGGCUUCGAUGUGGACACGUCCUUCUUCACUGGAAACCACUCGCCCUACGUGUCCGUCCAGGCCGGCUGUCUGGACAAACCCCCGACCUUCACCCUGGAGGGAGACCGGACCGGCAUGGCCGCCUCUGACAGUCAGCUGGCUGCUGUCGCCAAGCUGGAAUCGGAGGUGUGGCCUGAGCUGGUGGGUGUGUCUGAGCUGAGGCCUGGAUACUCAGACUGCUGCCACAACUACUUCAAGGUCAACUUCAACCGCAGAGUCACACACCUGCGCCUCAACAUGUACCCAGACGGAGGGAUAUCCAGACUGCGGGUGUAUGGCGUCGGGCAGAGAGACUGGUUGUCUGUCUCCACCCACCAGGAUGUUGACCUGGUGGCUCUGACCAAUGGGGGAGUCUGCCUCGGCUACAGCGACGCCCACUUUGGGCAUCCACGCAACAUGAUUGGUCUGGGUCGAGCUGCCAACAUGGCUGACGGGUGGGAAACAGCUCGUAGACUGGACAGACCCAAAAAACUGAAGGUGGACCAGCGGGGGAUCCUGCAGGUCCCUGGCUGGGAGUGGGCGGUGUUCCGUCUCGGUCACGCCGGAGUGAUCAGCAGUGUCGAGGUCGACACCAACCACUUCAAAGGUAACUUCCCGGACUCCUGCAGGAUCGAGGCGUGUACUUUGACCCCUGAGGAGGAGGCUCAGAGAGUCGGGACCGGGUGGAGGUCUUGGAAAUGGCAGGUCCUCCUCCCCCCUCAGAAACUUCAUCCUCAUCACAGGCAUCUCUACAGGGAGGCGGAGCUGACGCUGACCCGACCUGUCAGUCACGUUCGUCUCGUCAUCGCCCCUGACGGAGGAGUCAGCCGUCUGCGGCUGUGGGGUCGACCCACAGCGAUCACUGCGGCUCCGACCAAUCAGAAUACGCCGGCGUCCAAACUCUGACGAACACAGAGUCUGAUGAGUCUGAUGAGUUUAGGAACACCUCAGUGUAAAAAAUAAAACACAAAGUCACAUGACAGUCUGAUGGUCAUCAAUACUUCAGCAUUACUAACACUGAUAUCACUGUUCAGCAUCAUAUACACUCAAA